UUGAGUUCGCAGCUUAUCAGGUGACGGGUCGGUGGUUGUUUUUCGUUUGAUUUCGCUUUGCCGCCAAAAAGAAACACUUACAAAAAUAACACGUAUACGUCGCGUUUGCCAGUGGGGCAGGUGCAAGUGCAUAUAAGACAAUUUUACAAAUACCAAUUGGAAUUAAUUAAAAACAAUAUUUAAAAAUAAAAAAAAUAUAAUAAAAUACACAAUCUAUAGCAACAACAAUGCACGUUAAGCUAAUGUUGUUCGCCCUAAUCCUGGGUAGCUGUCUGCUAAGUGAGACGCGUGCCUAUUGCUCGCUGGACAAGAUGAAAGCAUUUGCCAUGGAGGCCUGCGAGCGUCUGUUCCAGAAGGACGAGCCCAGAGAGAGACGGUCCAUAGACUCCAGCUGGCAUCAUAAAAAUAAGCUUUCACAUGGCAAGAUGGAUAAGAAGACGCCACAUGGCGUCAAGCGCAGCAGCUUUCCAACUGGGGGCUACUUGAAGGUCAGCAGCGAUCAUUAUCACCGACUCAUCCAUCUGGAUGUACUGCCCCGAUACAAGCCGCUCAAGCACAAUCAGGAAAAGCGCCAUAAGCGCGACAGUUCGGACAAGAGCUACAACAACAUCUCCUACUGUUGCUUCAAUCGCUGCAACGAGGAUUUCUUCUGCUAAAUGUUGCCCCAUCACGGAGGCAUCGCUAGUCAGCAACAGAUUCCGUCCUUAUCAAAGACAUAUUCAGAAAUAUGAUCUUUAGUCGCGCUCUCACUCUUAUAGAGUAGGUACCUUAUAUGGCUGAUCCUCGUAGCGGGGCAGCUCGUCUUGCCACAGUAUUACAGAGUAGAACAAUCUAUCAAGUAUUAAGCUCUAAGUUUAUCUUUAAUAUGUAUCGUAUAAUAAAUAUA